GUGGCUACGUUUAUUCUUCAGAAAAUACUGCUAGACGAGACGGGUCUCUCUUAUAUUUGUCAAACGUACGAACGUUUCUCGCAUGUCGCCAUGAUACUGGUAAGAAAUAAUUUGACGUGCUAAAAUUAUACAAUACAAUACAAUACAAUACAAUACAAUACAAUACAGUACAGUACAUUACUACAGUAUUACUAUUAUUCAGCUGACUCCCAAUUGGAACUUUUCAGUGACCGAUUACAUCAAGUUUUUGCGCUUACUUAUGUUACUAAAAAAGACAAAACUUACUUAUGUUACUAAAAGUUCCCACCCGUGGAAACAUUGUUGCGGAAACAAAAUUUGCUUCCCGAGAAACAAAAAUGCUUCCUAGCGAAUUCAGAAACAUUUGAUGUUUCCCUAUGUUUCUCACUAAUAUUUCCUAGUGUUUGCCCACUCUUGGAAACAUGGCGAAACAUUGGUAGGAAACAAUGUUUCCGCAACAAUGUUUCCUAGUUUGCCCAGGGCUUUAGCUUAGACUAUUUAUCUUUACAACAAUUGUGAUAUUACUUUUCCUAACUGUGUUUAUCCUCACCCACCCUGCCAACUUGCCCUGUGGGAGGGAACCCAAGCGCCCGGAGGAAACCCACGACGUUCAGCAGAGCGUUGACUGACUCUUUUCACAUGAGUCCAUGUGGGAAUCGAGCCCACGAACUCAGAGGUGAAAGGCGCUUGUUGUGACGAGUGCUCCACCGAAGCCCCACUGAACGUACAGCGAAGACUCGUGUUCUUUUAACCAGAGUUGUGUAUUUCUUUCUUAGGGUAAAAUGGUGCUAGCAUUAGCCAAGGAUCAAUCGGCAAGACUUUUGAAACACGUAGUGCGUUGUUAUCUGAGGUUAUCUGACAACCCUAGGUAAGGUCGUGAACACGUUUAGUUUCAAAAUAUAUAUGAUAUAGCGUGCAAGAUAGCUUGCUGGUUAACCCAUCGACUGCUAGUACUCUCCCGUUGGCAAGUAUUAAAAAUCGUUUGGCAUUAGAAAGAGUAAAAUAAGAACGUCAUUGUCUGGGGCUGUUGUUCAAGGACAAAGCAAAUUUCCAACGUCUUGUUAGCAAACAGAAAUAUUUAUCCAGAAUCUUGAAACAGAAAUUUUAUUUUCUAAAGUUUUGAAUUAAACGGACAUGAAAAAAUACACAAUCCAAACAGCAGGUUAAAUUUUAACCCAGGGGCAGGGUUGGACAGGUUAGUGCUAAUACAGUUUUGACCAAACGGCCCGGGAAUCUUAAUCUAUAAAGGAACUUAUUGGGAACAUCUCAAGCUCAUCAACACUUCAUGAAAAAGCACAAAGGACGUCUGCAUCGUAUUGGGUUUGUCUUGAUACCAUGCAUGCAUACUGUAUAAACAUAUGAUAUAAACGCUUACAAAUGAAGUUAUACUAUCCAUAUUGUCCACCCUUCGUGCGCCUUAUAUGUCUGACAUAUAUUUGUUGCUUCUUUCCUGCAGAGCAAGAGAGGCAUUACGACAAUGUCUGCCUGAUCAACUGAAAGAUGCAACGUUUGCAAACUGCUUGAAGGAUGAUGCUUCCACAAAGCGAUGGUUGAAUCAACUGAUGAAGAACUUACUGGAGCCUCCUGCAACAGACCCCAGAGGCAUCCCUCUACCGCCUUAAAUAUUGCAUGUUAUAGAUUUAGCCUGGCUUUAGGAAAACGGACUUGUAAUAUACUAACAAAUGUAAAAUAAGUAUUUUGAAAUUAUUAUCAAAAUUUCCGUUGAG